CGUAUCUACACCACCUUCGCAUUGCUAGACAUAUAGACGCAGCAGCAGCAGCGAGCUCUGUUCUAUUCUCUAGCAUCUCCGGUUAAGUAAAGCAAGCAGAGAGAUGGCGUCCCCUCGUCGCAUGGCUGCUGUGCCCACCGUCCUCCUCCUGCUGCUCCUCCUCGUCGCCACGGAGAUGGGGACGAUGAAGACGGCGGAGGCCCGGACGUGCCUGUCGCAGAGCCACAAGUUCAAGGGCACCUGCCUCAGCAACAGCAACUGCGCCGGCGUGUGCCGCACCGAGAACUUCCCCGACGGCGAGUGCAACUCCCACCGCCUCGAGCGCAAGUGCUUCUGCAAGCGCACCUGCUAAGCAAGCCCAGUCCGCGCGACGCCCUCCCAUGGAUGAUGCUUGCUGCUGGCUCUGGCUAGCUAGACUGCUAGAUCAGCAUCCAUGCCGGCAGUUAGAUCUGUUCGUCCCUACGUUUGUUUCCGCAUCCUUUACGUUGCUCUUAGGGAUGACUGAAAAUAAAGUAGCUACCUGCAUCCUCUGCAUUGGCUGUUCCUCUGCAUGUUGUUUAAGUGUUUGUGGCUUUAGUUUGUGAUGUUGAUGUAAUAACGAUGCCACUGACAAUUUGGCUUCUAUGUGUUGUGUUGGAACUUGGAAUCAGCCGGUUAGUUCGCUUGUC